ACUUCAACAACGUUCACAUAAGUACUUGAAUCGGGUUUGCUAGACAUGGCUCCUUGUCGGGCCUUAUGGUCGUUCAUUAGCUAUGCUAGUCUAGUACUGGCAACGCAAGGACCAUUCUCUGCGCCGCCCAGUACAUUAUCGCGAUCAACAGUGGUGCCGGGUCGGGAUCCUUGGUCUCUCCGAGUCCUCGAUGCUGGCGCCUCGGCCCGGGACAGAUACGAUGCGGGUCUCUUCACGCCACACGAAGACUUGGACACCCUUUCUGCUACUGAAUAUACGGUUCUUCACCACCCAGCCUUUCCUAAUCACAGUGUAAGGAUCAAGAAAUCCGACUUCUGCGAUGGCUCUGUCGGUGCAUACACCGGAUACAUUGACAUUCAGGCUCGACAUCUGUUCUUCUAUUUCUUUGAGAGCAGGGAUGAUCCAGACCAGGACGACGUGAUCUUUUGGACAAACGGAGGACCAGGAUGUUCCUCCUCAACGGGAUUGUUCAUGGAACUCGGACCUUGUAGGGUUACGAACCCAGAGAAGACGACAUACAAUCCUUACUCUUGGAAUGAGAAGGCCAACAUCUUCUUCAUAGAUCAACCCGUGGGCGUUGGAUUCUCAUACGCAGAGUUCGGCGAGACAGUUGGUAACACGCCGGACGCUGCCAAAGAUAUUGCCGCGUUCGUGGUCAUUUUCUUCGAGCACUUUAGCAAGUUCAAAGGAAGAGCAUUCCACAUGGCCGGUGAAUCGUACGGGGGUCGAUACAUCCCCCUUUUUGCCUCGGAAAUCUAUGAUCAGAAUGCUAAGCUGGAAGCCGCUGGCAUGACGCCUGUAAACCUCACGUCCGUAAUGAUAGGCAAUGGUUGCACUGACUGGUCGGGCAUGACAGCCUCGUACUUUGAUAUGCAGUGCAGGCCCAUGUCCCAACCACCAAUCAUGGAUAUCAAUUCCUGUGUUCGGAUGAAGCAGGCUCUUCCACGCUGUCAGCAGAUGGUGAAGGAAUCGUGUUUGGAUAGCUUUGACAGCAUCAAUUGCGGGGCGGCCAACAACUUCUGCAACGCAGAGCUGUAUGAACCAUUUUUCGCGACCGGAUACAAUCCAUACGACAUAAGCAAGCUUUGCGACGGGACCAUGGAAGACACUCUAUGUUACCCUGUCACGAAAGCUAUCAGCCAAUACUUGGAUAAGCCUGACAUCCGAUCGCUACUUGGUGUAGAUCCGGCUGUCAGCGCCAACUUCUCCGGCUGCAACGACGACGUCGCCGAUGCCUUCGACGCGUCCCUAGACUAUCUCUUCCCCACAGAGUUGUACUUAUCCGCACUCUUGGAAAGAGACAUCCGUGUCCUCAUAUACGUCGGGGCGAAUGACUGGAUGUGUAAUUGGGUAGGGAACGAUCGCAUGACACUUGCGCUGGAUUGGACCGGGAAGGAGCAGUUCUCCUCGCAGCCAUUGACUCCGUGGAAAGUGGACGGCAAAGUCGCGGGCUUGACGAGGAGCGCAGGGCCGCUGACGUUCGUGACGAUUGACGGCGCCGGGCACAUGGUCCCGUAUGACAAACCUUUGCAAUCACUGGAGUUGACCAGGCGAUGGCUUGCUGGUCAGUUUCCAUAGCUUCGUCGAGCAAGCGGGUACUACGGACAUCUCUCCGUAUGAGCUGGUCGAACGACGGCAUCUCAGGACUUGUUAUUCGGUCCGAAGGGCUUCGUGGCAAGUGAGCAGCUUACGGAAGUUCCUACUCCGAGUCGGAUGAGACUUUGCUAUAUUGCUAAGUACCUGUUCUUGAAACUUAUUCGCAGAAGUGUCUGUCCCGGCUGCGUCAUAUGCUGUCUGUAAGCAUGAUGCAUGGUCAGAGGUCCGUUCAGCGCCCUGCCAGUAGGCAGCAGUAGGCCCCCUUACAUUGGAGCUGCUGCGACCUUCACCCCAUUCACGUCACAAUAGCAACUCGAAGUCACAGGAGGAUACUUGCAAUCAUUUGUUUUCUGAUC